AGCAGGACCAGCAACCAUGGCAGGACGUGACUCUGGAACACAGCACAAGUUCACUGGUAUUCAGAAAUACUUCAAUUCCUACACCAUAACAGGCAGAAGGAAUUAUGUAAUAGCUACAUAUGCAAGCAUUGCCAUGGUCAUUUUAUAUUUCAAACUAAAGCCUAAAAAACAAACUCCAGCGGUGACAGAAAAUAGUGGUUGCUGGAGAAUUCCACUCGACCCUGUUUUGUAA